UGGGAUUUCGAAGCUGCAGCCACAAUGUCGACCGCUUCCGUCAACGGCUGCUGCCUUUCUUCUUUCUCUGCCUCUAAAACUUCUCUCACCACUCCCACAUUACGUCCCUCCACUGUCUCUGCAAGACUUGCCAAUCCCCCUCCUUCAUCUUCAUCAUCUUCUUCUUCUUCGAUCCCUUCUCUCAUCCAAAACAGGCCUGUCUUUGCUGCCCCUGCUCCCCUCAUCACCCCCAGUUUGAACGAGGACAUGGGGAAGGAUUCAUACGAGGAAGCUAUUAAAGAACUCGAGAAAAUGCUCACGGCGAAGGGUGAGUUAAAAACCACGGCAGCUGCAAAAGUGGAACAAAUAACAGCUCAGGUGGGGACACCGACAUCUGAAGGCAUCGCAUCAUCCGAAGCAGUCGAGAGGAUCAAAUCUGGUUUUAUUCACUUCAAGAAAGAGAAAUAUGAGAAGAACCCUGCGCUGUACGGUGAACUUGCCAAAGGACAGAGCCCCAAGUACAUGGUAUUUGCUUGCUCAGACUCGAGGGUGUGCCCAUCUCACGUGCUAGACUUUCAACCAGGGGAGGCUUUUGUGGUCAGAAACGUUGCUAACUUGGUCCCACCAUACUGCCAGACCAGAUAUGCUGGAGUUGGUGCUGCCGUUGAGUACGCUGUUCUGCAUCUCAAGGUGCAGAACAUUGUGGUGAUUGGUCACAGUGCUUGCGGUGGUAUCAAGGGGCUCAUGUCCAUCCCAGACAACGGAGCCGUUCCCAGUACUGAUUUCAUAGAGGACUGGGUGAAGAUUGGUUUAGCUGCAAAGGCAAGAGUGAAGGCGGUACAUGGAAGCGCACCUUUCUCUGAGCUCUGCACACACUGUGAGAAGGAAGCUGUGAAUGUUUCACUAGGGAAUCUGCUGACUUAUCCAUUUGUGAGAGAGGGGCUGGUGAACAAGACACUGGCUCUGAAAGGAGGAUACUAUGACUUUGUGAAAGGAUCCUUUGAGCUGUGGGGCCUUCAGUUUGGCCUCUCUUCUUCCUUCUCUGUAAAAGAUGUGGCCACCAUUCUGCAUUGGAAGCUAGAUUAGAGGUCGUGUCUGCUAUGAAGAUUGCUACUACCUGCCUUCUUCAUAUACACUUUUUAUCUGACACUACCAACUUGGGCUAUGUAGAAAAUACUCUUUUUUUUUUUUUUAAAUUAUGAGACCACACAAUUUUCAUCA